CCACUCGGACUUGAGUGAGCUCAACCGAGAGGCUGCCUUAAGCCGCAGCAGCGUUAUAGCGCUUGGGCUGGGCUACACCAAACGCUGCAGCAGACAGACCCUGGAGAGACGGCAGAUUUUUCCUUCGACUGGCUUACACUCAGAAGCUGGUUCGGCCUUUCACAGGGAACUGGAUAUAUACUUAAAGCCCUCCGGUGAGAUCCUUGCACAGCUGACGGGCUUGAGCGCUGCCUGUUUUCCCCGUUCGCUUUCUGGGACCAUGCAGUCUCCGAAGAAAAGCUUGAUCUGCAACCUGAACCAUGUCCACCUGCAACAUGUCUCCUUGGGGCUCCACCUGUCUCGCCACCCAGAGCUUCAGGAGGAGGCCAACAGCUUGGCUCCGCUGAGAGACCAUGCAGCUUGCCAGGAUUGCGGUGGGCACGGCGACAACGCCACCGAGCUGGUGGAUGCCAAUUCCAACAACCCGUCCUUGCCGUGCCGAUGUUGUGAUGCUCACCCUGUGCAUACCGAUCUCAAACGAGGCCUCCAGGCUCAGCCUCUCUCGCCCAACUACUCAGUUCUGAAACGUGAGGAAGAGGAGGAGGAGGAAGAGGAGGAAGAGGAGGCGGGUUCCCCAUCGGAGCCGGCCUCCUCAUCUGUUAGUAGCUGCUCGGAUAUCAGCCUGGAUGACUCCCCGGUCUCGGUCUACUGCAAAGAGUUCCCGGCAGAGGAGGCUCAAAGCCCUGACAGUCAGCCCAACAUCAUCCCCCUGGAAGACUCUCAUCCUGCUCUCCCCCUGCCUGACUGCAAAGAGAGAAGCCUGAACCUCAACAUCCCAAUCAGUGAGCGUCCCCCGUCCCAUGUCUGGGACAGCCCCGAUAGCCUGUGCAGCAGCACCUCGUUGCAGUCCUCAUCUGAUGCGGCUUCUCCUUGCUCACAAAGCCCUCUUGAGUCUUCCCUCCCUGGUUCCUGCAGAGCUCCCCUGCCUGUACCACCCCCCACCCGUCCCUGCAGGGCACCCCCAGCUGUGCCGGUCCUGAAAAUAGGCCCAGGACUGGAUUCAAACUGCAACGCCCUCCCAGCCAGGGAAGCCAAGUCUGGAAAGCUCCCCCUGGGGCAAGGGGAUGUUAACUUCAACCGGCCAGCUCCACCGAGGCCUGGCGCUACAAGUGUGCCUCCGCCAGUACCCCCCAGGACCAAGAGGGGACUUCAGGGGUUGAGGCGAUACGAAACAGGGAAGCAGGCUCCAGCGGCAGCCCUGCUAGCACCGUCUCACCUGCUGCUCUGCCACAGUGACCCGCAAGGCGAGGCUGCCCAGAAGAACAUCACUUCCUUCCAUGAGUUGGCCCAGAAACGGAAGAAGGUAACGGCUGCCCCCCUCCUGCCACAGACGAGGAAGGACCAAAGCGACUGGCUGAUAAUCUUCUCCCCUGACACCGAGUUGCCCCCGUUUAACGACCUCACAGGUGGGGCUGCCCCCUGCCAGGAGACAGCUGGGGCCAUGAGUUCGGAGCUGGCAAAGCCCGUGGGCUGCCUCCAAAGAGGGGUGACCACAUUCAAAGAGUUGCGCUACCUCAAGCAAAAGGGCCAAGUGUCCACAAAGGUAGGUGCCCCAACGCCUUGGCAGGAUUCCGGGAAAGGGGUGCCCGACGGCAACACUGCUCUGGAGACUGACCUGGAGCCACCACCACAUGGGCCCUUCAGGAACCCGAAGGAAAUCCCGCCUCGGAGGAGGAAGUCCCGCCCUGGGCUGCAGCCCAUUGUGGAGGGGGGCUUCGAAGAAGGAGACGAUGGAGGGGUGGCGCCGAAGGAGUCCGAUCGAAGCAUAGAGGGCCCAUCCAAUGGGAGGAGGGACCCCUGGAUGCCGGGGAAAGAGGCAAGAGGAGAUAGGCGUUUUGCGGAGGCCGGCUGCGCUCGCUCCUCCUGGCCUCAGAAUUUGCCCUUACCACCCUUCCUGGCCCAUUUCUCGGUGGCGGACAGCCAGGGCGCGGCCUCCUCGCACCCCUCUCUCUGCCCUGGCUUGAAGAGUGUGGAGCUGACCUCCCCUGACCCUCCGGGCCCGGCCUUCUGCCCCAGGCUCAAGACCCUGUCUUGUGAGGAGGUCUGCCUCCUGGCUGGCCGGCAGGGACAGAUUUUGGGCACGCUGUCGCCCGAGCAGCUGCUCCCCCUCCGCCUCUCCCCCAUUGGGGCCUACUCCCCACCUGCCAGGAGUGCCUUUCCUUUCCUGGAGAGCCCUGACCUGGCUGUUCUCCUUUCGCCGCUUUUCCCCCGCAGCCGAACCUUUCCUGCCUUAGUUUUCCCCUCCCGCCAGGUGCCCAAGCUGCCGUGUGGAGCCCGUGGCCCCCUUGACAGCAAGGCUGGAGCAGGGCCCAGGAGAGUGUCCUGGGACGGUAUGGGAAGCAAGGAGCCGGGACCUCCCAAGCAACUGAGACAUUCUCAGUCCUUUGCUGGGGUCCUGAAUGCCAGCCAUCUGAGGAGGGCUGAUACUGAUCGAUUCACUGCCCAACUUCGAGAGGAAAAGAAAGCUUUGCUUGCGGCAGUCAGUUCCUCGGUGGACAAGAUUGUAGCCCAUUUCAGCACCGCUAGGAACCUCGUUCAGAAGACCCAGCUGGGAGACAGCCGACUGAGCCCAGACGUGGGCUACUUAGUCCUGAGUACCCUGUGCCCCGCACUCUGUGCCCUGGUGGGUGAUGGCCUGAAGCCUUUUCAGAAAGAUUUCAUCACGGGCCAGAGGCCUAGUUCACCCUGGAGCGUAGUGGAAGCCUCAGCCAAGCCAGGGCCGCACGCUCGGUCCCUGAGCGCACUCUACUGGCGGGUAUCUCGGCUGGCGCCACUCCGUAGCAACCGACAACGCUUCCACGCUUUUAUCCUGGGCCUCCUGAACAUGAAGCAGCUUGAACAGUGGUUUGCCAACCUGCAACGGAACUCGGAACUGAUCUCGGCACUGUACUUGCCCACCGCCUUCCUGGUGCUCAGCCAAAGUUUUUGUCGCCGCUGGGCUGAAGAGUUCCUCCUGCUGCUCCAACCCCUAUCCAUGCUAACCUUCCAGCUGGACCUUCUGUUUGAGCACCAGCACUUGCCCCUCGACAGCCAGCCUUCGCCCCAGCAAGCAAUUGUGCCGACAGAGCCGCCCACCGGUUCCCGUAAGGCCCGUGGGCCUAGCCAGCCAGAUAUACCGACAUGCCAGGCUCCUCUUGCCAGGCUGGCGGAAGGUCCCGUAGCCCAGUCGAGCCCACUCCUCGAGCCCCAAAGUGGCAUCCCUCUGCACCAGAGGCUGCGGCAGUGGGGCGAUCGGCUUGGCCACACCUUGCUCGGCAAUGAGGCCUCUCCGAAACUGGAGCCGUGCACCAAAGGUGACCAGCCGGAGACUGAAGACAAGCAGCGGAGCUGGUGGGAGCAGCUAAGUCGAGCCUCGGGGGUCUAUGCCAGCACCUCGAAAGAAGAGGGCUUCCCUUGUGCACACUGGGCCAAGCUGCGGGUGGGUCUGGGAGAAGCCGUAGAGGCGGCCCGCAAUGGGGCGGGGGAAGCUCAUGCGAGCUGCGACAUACUCCCCCAAACACCCAGCCCUGGCAAAAGCGGCUCAUCAGGGAGCCCAGCACAGGCCCCUGCCUAUGAGAUGGGGGACUCACCCGACGGUGGCGCCACAGAGAAGCCAGAGACGACCAUAGCCAGCGCUGGAGAAGCCUGCCCGGCUGAUGUCCAGGACAUGGCCGAGAAACUUCAUUCUGGGCAUAGCACUGGAAGCAGGAAGGGGAAAUGGUUAGGGUGGCUCUUUGGAGCAAACUACCCAGUAGCCCCUGGAAGUGCCAAGGAGUCUGAUUCUAAUCUGCCCAGAUCCAGGCGCCCAUCAAGCUGGCUGCCCCCCACCAUGAAUGUCCUUGCUCUGGUGAUGAAGGUGGUGCCAGCAGAGAAGAGCUGGCCAGAGGAAUCUUGGGAAGAGGGCCCACCAAACCCACAGCAGCCUUACAGGGCUGUGCGCGCACUUUGCGACCACGCCGGGAGCCGGGAUGAUCACCUGAGCUUCCGCAAAGGCGACGUCCUGCGGGUCCUGGACACCAUCAACGAGGACUGGAUCCAGUGUUGCCGUGGAGACUGCAGAGGCCUCGUCCCCGUCGGGUACACCUCUCUCAUCCUGUGAACUGUGCCUUGUGGAGCGUGCGAGGAUGCUGCGGUUGUGGGGGAAGGGGGCUGCAAAAGGAAAAUGCACCCCACUGCCUUCAUAUCCACACACACGUUUAUACUUACACACACACUGUUAAAGACGUUUCAACAAAAUAAUGCAAACGCCAAGUGAGGGGUGUGUUGUGAGUGCUGUCGACCGCCCUGGACUCCAUGCCGGUCGUCUUCGUGAGCCCCAGAACUGGUGCCUCGGUCCACCUGGCUGUGGGUUUGUCACGGAGCAGUUUCUGCGGGGGGGGGGGCAGGUUCAGCCCCCCGGCCUGACAGUUUCCUUCUUUCAGCUCUCCUUUUGCGGUGGCGCUUGAUUGCCUCGCGCCUGACUUGGCCAACGCAACCCCCCCUCUCCCUCCCCCAGCUCACACACUUUAUAGCCACUUGUGUUUGCUGCUUUCUAUGCUUGUGUACCCCCCCAUGCCAAAAUAUUGUUCUCUCUCUUUCUCAUGUGUAUAUUGCAUAUAUCUGUGUAGAUAUACAUAUAUAUAUAUA